GGGGCGGAGACCGGCGCCUUGCCCGCCCCCCCGGCCGGUCCUCCCUUAUAAAGAGCGGCCGGCGCCGAGAUAAGCUCAGCUGGGCGCAGCGCUGCGCUCCACUUCCUGCGCCGGCACCGGGAGCCGCCCAGAGACCUCUCCGCUCCAGGUGAAAUCCCUCCUUCGCAACGAUGCCGGGCAGCUGCGAGGCCCCGGGGCGGACGCCCGGCCUGGUGACCUUGAACGUCGGCGGGAAACUCUACAGCACCACCCUGGACACCCUGACCCGCUUCCCGGACUCCAUGCUGGGCGCCAUGUUCCGCGGCCCCCAGCCGGCCCUCACCGACAGCUGCGGCAACUACAUCGACCGCGACGGCAAAGCCUUCCGCCACGUCCUCAACUUCCUCCGCUUCGGCCGGCUGGACCUUCCCGAGGGCUACGCCGAGCUCUCCCUCCUGCGGGCCGAGGCGGACUUCUACCAGAUCCGGCCGCUCCUGGAAGAGCUCCGGCGGGUCGAGGCGGAGCGCUGGCGGCAGAGGAGGAACGCGGUGCUGCACGCCGACGUGGACGCGCGGAAACGCCUGGUGCACUUCAACGUCCACCGCGGCCCGCAGAACUACGAGCUGAGCUCCAGCUGCCUGCACAUCUUCACGGCCAACGUCUUCUGCAACGAACAUUUCCUGGCCCUGCUGCGGAGGCGGCUGGCAUCGGGGGGCGGCGUGGAAGAGGGGCAUUCUGGGAAGGUGCGUGGAACAAUCCUCGAGGAGGACGGGCUCUCUCAGCGCCGACACCACGGCGAGGGAUUCCGUCAUCGGCAACGGAGACUUCGGAGGGCAGAAGCGGCGGCUGGGCGGUUCGGGGACCGGCGGCGAGCUGCGGAUUUGGCGGGCGACUCCACGGACGAAGACGAGGCGGAAUCGGACGAGGAGGCUGGGGACUACUCCCCGGUGGGCACCAAGACGUGCCACAACCUUUGCCUGGAGUGGGCGCCGCGCCCGGCCGAGCUUCCGGUGGCCGAGUACGGCAAGCAGAAGCUACAGCCCUCUGACGGUUGGCGGUAGAGGGAGGUCCGCACGGGCCACGAGUUUCUGGAGGAGGUGCUGAAGGUGGCGCUGGCGCAGGCUUCCCGCGUGGAUUCCGUCUUCCCCGACCCGGCGGAUAUCCUGAACGCCGCCUCUUUGCGGUUUCGUCCGGCACUGAGCCUUGUGAACAAAUGCGGGGGCGGGGGGGGGGGAGAGUAG